GUAACCAGCCAUCGUUUAGAAGUUAGAACCCGUCUCUGCCGUGUGUUGAAAAGGCAGUCGAUCGAGCACCAUGUCCGGGCACACCACGCCGGCGCCGCACGUCGUCGAGGACUAUCGCGGCGUCAUCCGGCUCCUCAGCGACGGCACCGUCAUCCGCUCCGAUGACGCCGCCGCCGCCCUGCAGCCGCCGGAGCACUUCCCCGACGUUCCGGGAGUCCAGUGGAAGGACCUCGUGUACGAUGCCACGCGCGGGCUCAAGCUACGGAUGUACCGGCCGCCCACCGCUCCCGGCGACGCCGAGAGGCUGCCGGUGCUCGUGUGCUUCCACGGCGGCGGCUACUGCCUUGGCACGUUCGAGAAGCCCAGCUUCCACUGCUGCUGCCAACGCCUCGCGUGGGAGCUCCGCGCAGUCGUGCUCUCCGCCGACUACCGACUCGGCCCCGAGCACCGCCUCCCGGCCGCCAUCGACGACGGCGCGGCCGUCUUGUCCUGGCUGCGUGGCCAGGCCGUGUCCGGACCGGCCGCCGAUUCCUGGCUCGCCGAAUCAGCCGACUUCGCCCGCGUGUUCGUCGCCGGCGAGUCGGCCGGCGGGAACAUGGCCCAUCACCUGGCGGUGCAGAUCGGCUCGGGCCAACUCACCGUCGAACCGGUGCGCGUCGCCGGGUACAUGAUGCUGACGCCCUACUUCGGCGGCGUCGAGCGCGCCGCGUCGGAGGCAGAGCCACCGGCCGGCGCGUUCUUCACGUCCGAGAUGUCCGACAAGCUGUGGCGGCUGUCGCUGCCGGAGGGGGCGACGAGGGACCAUCCGGUGGCGAACCCGUUCGGCCCGGACAGCCCCAGCCUAGCGCCGGUUGCCUUCCCGCCGGUGCUCGUCGUGGUGGCCGGGCGCGACAUCCUCCAUGACCGCACCGUGCAGUACGCGGCAAGGCUGAAGGAGAUGGACAAGCCGGUGAAGCUCACCGUCUUCGAGGAUGAGAAGCACCUGUUCUUGUCUCUGCAGCCAUGGAGCGAGGCUGCCAACGAGUUGAUCGGAGUCAUGAAUCGAUUUACACGCGAAGACGAAUGAUCCAAAUCCAAGUAAAGAUGGCAUCUUUCGUUUUACUUGUGUUUGUACAACUCUGAUUCUGUCAUGGCAAGUAGACGAUCCAUGCCAUUAUCUGCGCGAACCGCGAAGCUUGUUAAAAUAAGUACUCCACGAUUCACAAACGUCUAUGAAUACAUGUGUCUUGUAAA